AUUUCAUAAUUUAUAAUGUUGACCUACUUCUCUAAUUCUUACUAUAAAUACCACCACCCUUCAUCCCUUUCAUGCACCAAAUACUCAAAUAAUUCAUCUGCUAUAACAACAUUAAUGACCAUCUCCAAUAAGCUUCUCAUUGCUCCUCUUCUCUUAUCUCUUCUUCUUCUCCAAUUUUCUGAGGCUGUUCUUGAUCGCCAAACUGUCAACUCGAAUUUAGCGGCAACUUCAUAUAGUCCAUCUCCAAAAUUAGACUGUGGCGGCGCUUGCAAGGCCAGGUGUCAGUUAUCAUCAAGGCCACGGCUAUGCAAAAGGGCAUGUGGGACUUGCUGCGCGCGGUGCAGCUGUGUUCCUCCUGGGACUGCCGGUAACUAUGAGGCCUGCUCUUGCUAUGCCAGCUUGACCACCCAUGGCGGCCAGCGCAAGUGUCCUUAAUUAUAAGCUUAAUCAACAAAAUAUUAUCAAUUAAGUGUUAUAUUAUGGUGGUUUAAUUUCUUGAAGCGGUAAAAUAAAAGGGGAGAAAAGUUACAUGAAUGCGAAGAUGUAGAGUUCGAUCAUCUUUUAGUUUGUUAUUUAUUGUGUUUAUUUUCUUGUAAGCAUAUAUAUAAUAUUGAUGUAAACAAUCUUGAUUCCUUUUAUUUAUUCUGGUUUAAUCUAUCUACACUUUCCUAUGUGGAAUAAAGAUUGAAUAUCAUUGCUUGCUA